CUUGUUUGUCGGUCCGGACCCGGUGUGACCACUCGCCGCAGCAAAGAUGUUCCUGGGGGUUGGGAGAGGCCGCAAAAGCCAGUUUAAACACAUCAUCCAUGGCCUUCUGCCUGCAGCCAGCAUUGCACCGAAGCCAGCUGUGCCCCGCUCACCUCCUCCUCGCAGCCCCAACCCCUCUCCAGAGAGACCAAGAUCUGCUCUGGCUGCAGUUAUUCUAGCAACAACAUUGACUGGCCGGACCAUCGCCCUUCCUCAGCCACAGCGGAGAUCCCAGGCUGAGAGUGACACGACCUAUGUUGAAAAUGACAGUUUCAUUGAGCCCUAUGCCACCACCUCGGAGCUGAGGCAUCAGCCAAGCUGGCAGAGUGAGACAGAAAGAAGGACUUCUUUGCCGUCCUUUGAAAUGCUGGGCUACGGGGAAGAAGAGGACACUGACUCGCACCUGUCAUCCAGCUACAAGGAGUCGGGGAAUGUCAGUGCUCAUAAGAAAGAGGGAGGUCUUGGUGAUGCCGUGUAUACCACGCCACACAAAAAUCAGGUUCCAUCGUCACAUGGGGUGGACACUGAAGAUGAGGAAAAUAUUUCUGAGCAAGAUGGGUUUCCAGACUCACCUCUUAUACCACAGCGUACACAAGAAAAAGAUGGUGACCAUUCUGUUCUGAAUUUAAAGGAUGAAAAACCACCAUUAUGUGGAAAACCUCCACCGUCCCCAGAUAUAACUGGUAAAACACGUCAACGAUGUAUAGAAAUAACCAAAGAAAAGUUUGAGGAAUUAAAAGAAGAAAAUUUGCAUCUGAAUAGUACAAACCAAACCCUUACUCUUGAACUUAACAUAGUAAAACAAGCAAUGAAAGAACUACAAUUAAAACUUAAGAGAAGAGAAAAAGGGAACAGAAAGGCGAAGGAGGCUGAGAACGCACCCUCCAAGGAAGAAGUUGCUGCACCUGAAUUACUUUAUCUAAGAAAACAAGCUCAAGAACUGGUGGAUGAAAAUGAUGGGUUGAAAAUGACUGUCCAUCGUUUGAAUGUAGAACUGAGCAGAUAUCAAACAAAGUUCAGGCAUUUAUCCAAGGAAGAGAGUAUAAAUGUUGAAGGCCUACCGUCAAAGGGCCCUAUACCACCCUGGCUGCUGGAUAUAAAGUAUCUGUCACCCUUGUUGCUGGCCUAUGAAGACAGAAUGAAAGAAAAAGAUGAGCUCGUUGCCACCCUUCAGGAGGAAAUGAGAAUGUUCAGGAUGCGCGUCCAAGAAGUGGUGAAGGAAAAUAAAGAAUUGCACCAACAGUUAAAUAAGAGUAGUCCUGUUACCAGUGAGGAAUGGCAUCAGCUUCAGACUCAGGCAGAACUGGUUUUAGAGGAAAACAGGUUGUUGAUAGAGCAGCUGGAGAUUCAGCAAAGAAAAGCCAAGGACACCCACCAGGAGCGUCUCCAGGAAGUUUCUAAGCUGACUAAACAACUAAUGCUUCUGGAGACUAAAACACAGAGCCAAGAAAAGGAGCUAACUAAAAGCAAGGAGCAACUGGAAACUGUAUGUGCUGAAUGCCAAGAGCUGAAAACACAGUUGGAGGGCAAAAUAGCAAUGAAAGUUCAUGCUUCAAUUGUCAAUGAAUUGCAAAGCCGCCUGCAGAAGGAAGAUGAGAAGGAAAGUGCUGACAUGGAAGAGCUGAUGGAAAAGUUGACAGUCCUGCAAGUGCAGAAAAAGAGCCUGCUGUUGGAAAAGAACAAUCUCACAGCUAAAAACAAAGCGCUGGAAGCUGAACUCGGACGAGCACAGAAAAUAAAUAGGAGAUCUCAAAAAAAAAUUGACGUCCUCAAAAAGCAGGUGGAAAAAGCCAUGGAGAGUGAAAUGUCUGCUCAUCAAUACCUGGCAAAUCUCGUUGGCCUGGCGGAGACUAUAACCCAGGAACGUGACAAUCUUAUGUAUUUGGCCAAAUGCUUAGAAAGUGAAAAACAUGGAGUUCUCGACAAAAUUAUUAAAGGCAAUAUUCGCAUGGGAAAGUUAGAGGAAAAAGUCAAGGGUUACAAGAAGCUGGCCGCACUGAAGCUGGAUGACAUUAGUCACUGUCUGACAGAGCAGCAGGAGGACUUUGCUAGCAAGACAGCUCAGUACCAGCAGGAGAUGCGGCACCUCCAUCGGAUGCUGCAGGACAAGCAGGAUGUCCUGGAUGAGGCUCUGCAGCAGAAAAGAGCAAUGGAAGGCGAGCUGGAAGUUGUUUGGGAGUCUACCUCCAAGGAAAACCGAAGGAUCCGAGAACUUCUGCAAGCCACACUGGAGAGGACAGGCAUGUGGGCCAGCACUAGGGCUUCUGAGGGUCCCUGCCUCGACAGCCUCUCUCAGGGAGACGUGCUGGAUGGCGGCAGCCUCAGCUACUGUGACAUGAAGCCGCCUCCCACCACCCGCCAAGGUCUGCGGGAGCCCCUGGGCUAGGAUCCCUCGCCCAGAAGGUCGGCCUUGUCCAGAGCAGAAGGGCCGGCUCCCCUUUCACUCCUCAGGGCCAGGAAGUGGUAAACCGUCUCAGAAUUUUAAUCCAUUUUACAUUUGCUUAUUUAAUAAUGUGUUACUGAACUGUAUGUCAGCCAGGGCAUGCCUUCUGCCACACUGCCUUUGAGAAAGGCUCCGUGAGACCCACUGCUCAGGUUAACAGGGGACCCGAGAGCUAGCCCUUCCCUGGGCUCCUAGAGUGGCCAGCGGGACCGUCUGCACACUGCGCCAGGCCCGUCUGCUUGGGUGAGCCCAUCAGUGGAGCAGCAUGAGGCCAGCUGGUAGUAGCCCUGGGCAGCAUUUGUUUGGUGCUCAUGCUCCAACAAGUUGUACAAAACGUGUUCUGUCCUCUCCCUCAGCCCUUUUCCAGCCUCCUGGGAAGGUACUUUUUCUAGGGUCACAUCUUCCCCUUCCCCUUCCCCUUGGAGAGCCCUGACUGAACACCAAGGUGGGGUCCCUGCCCACUGCCACCACCGAGAAGGAUGCCUGGGGCUGUGGUUCUGCUCCACUCUGUGGACUAUCUGUGUCCUCAGGUGGACUAUCCCAGCCUCUCAGGACCACUCACUGGGACUUCCUGCUGGCUAUGCCAGCUAACUAGGGCUGCAUGUCCCCGUCAUGCUGGAAGAACCCGGGGACAUGAGACAUGGUGCGGAGGGGCAGAAUGCUGGACCACGUUGUUUUACAAAGCUCCUCCAAGCCAAGGCCUGUACUGUUUCAGGCAGCAAGCCCUAGCACUGUUCUUGGUCAUGGUAACAGUUGUGUAUGAGCUCUGACUGCUAGAUGGAAAACAGAUCGAAUAUCAUAGAUCUUUUACUUUUUAUAAAAUGUGUUCAACAGUUAAA